AUGGCUCAACAACAACAACAACAACUCUCUUCAAGGUCUACAAAAGACCAAAAGACUGAAGAUAAAUCACUUCCUCCUACUCGUAAAAUCUUUGAUCCUACCAUCCAAUAUGGUACUUUCCAUUACGAAUUUGGUGGCCCUCUUGGCGUCUCCUCUAUGAUGGUCUUUUUCCCCAUCCUCAUGUGGUACCUUUGGGCCUCUUACAAGUUUUAUGACUGCCACCUCGCAACCCCUCGCCAGGGCCAAUCUAUAUUAGAAUUCCUCAAAGAACUUGCUCAUCACGUCUACACUGAUGCAUACCCAACUCGCACCGCUUGGGCAAUCAUCUGGGGGUUCCUUCUCUUCCAGGCUGUCAACUACCUCACUCUUCCGGGUAUCUGGACCGAAGGUCUCCCCAUUCCGCAAAACAAAAACCGCGGUCUUAAGUACUAUUGUAAUGCUGUCUACUCGCUUUACUUUUCUACCAUCGUCGCCCUUGCUCUUCACUUCUCAGGUAUUUUCUCUCUUUCAACCAUCAUUGAUCGCUUCGGCGAAAUCAUGUCGGUCGCAAUCAUCUCAGGAUUCCUCAUCUCAAUUGCCGUUUUCGUCCGCGCUCUUAUCGAGGGGAAACAAGUCCGUAUGACUGGCAAUUGGGCUUAUGACUUCUUCAUGGGUGCCCCCCUUUACCCCCGUGUUGGACCUCUUCUUGACCUUAAGAUGUUUUUUGAAGUCCGUCUCCCCUGGUUCACCCUUUACUUUUUGGCCCUUGCUGCCUGCUUUAAACAGUAUGAUGAAUAUGGCUAUGUUUCCUUCCAAAUGCUCCACUGUUUCCUCGGUGCUUGGCUCUAUGCAAAUGCUUGCGCAAAGGGUGAGGAACUUAUUAUCCCCUCAUGGGACAUUUUUUAUGAAAAGUUUGGCUUUAUGCUUAUUUUCUGGAACAUUGCUGGUGUUCCUUAUACAUAUUGCCAUAACACUCUCUACCUUGUUUCCCAUGACCCGGCCACUUACCAACACUCGGCUCUCUACAACACUUUUGUCUUGGUUCUUUUACUUGGUGCAUACUACUUUUUCGAUACAACAAAUGGCCAAAAGAAUGCCUUCCGCCAACAAAUCGCUGGCACUUAUAAGCCUCGUAAUACUUUCCCCCGUCUACCCUACCUCGUUGUCAAGAACCCUCGUUACAUCAAGUGCAAAAAUGGCGGAACCCUACUGGCCGAUGGCUGGUACAAAUACGCCCGCAAGGCCCACUACACGGCUGACUUUCUCCAAAACCUUUCCUGGGCUCUCAACUGCGGCUCUGGCUCUUUCUUGCCCUACUUCUACCCGACUUUCUUCUUUUUUAUGAUUCUUCAUCGUGCCCAACGUGACGAGGAAAAGUGUGCUCAGAAGUAUGGUGAAGACUGGGUCGAAUACAAGAAACAGUGUCCCUAUGUCUUUAUUCCAGGUGUAUAUUAA